AUUUUGAACGGGGCGCACGAAUACAAAACCUCAAACACAAGUGGCAUGUAUCAUUGGCAUGCUUAUUGGACAUCCACACCGACAGAUGGCUCCUGAAGAUUUAGCGCUCAGCACCCUGGCAAUUCUCCAUGCGACACCACAAAAUAAUACAAUUCCCCGACCCUGCAUUAAUGCAGUGCACUGGGCCAAGGUUCGAAACCUACCCAGGUGACCCGGACGCACUGAGCACAUAGGAAUGACAGAACCGCGACUCGGCUGUAGAUUGCGGAAUGCGAGACCGGCCCUCCUACCAAAGGAAAUAUGAGGGAAUGGUGGCUUCUUGUGGGCUUGCUGUGCAUUCCUCUGCUGGCAGUCUACCUGCACAUCCCUCCUCCCCAACUGUCUCCAGCCCUCCUGACCUGGCGCUCUGCCGGAGCAUUCUUCACUUUCAGGAGCAACAAUAUAUUCUACAGGGAGACCUAUGGUGCUGUAGGCAGCUCUGAUGUGGUCAUUCUCCUCCAUGGCUUCCCUACCUCCAGCCUGGACUGGUACAAGAUAUGGGAGCCCCUGAAUCGGCGCUUUAACCGUGUCAUUGCGCUGGACUUUCUUGGUUUUGGCUUCAGUGACAAACCUAGGCCCCACCGCUACUCCAUCUUUGAGCAGGCCAGUGUUGUGGAGGCGUUGGUGUCCCACCUGGGUCUGACAGAGCAGAGGGUCAACCUGCUCUCCCAUGACUAUGGAGACACUGUGGCCCUGGAACUGCUCUACAGGAGUAACCACAACAGGACUGGACACUUGACCAUCAACAGCCUCUGUUUGUCCAAUGGAGGAAUAUUCCCAGAAACACACCAUCCCAGAUUCCUUCAGAAGCUCCUCAAGGACUCCAGCUUCCUCUCUCCACUGCUGACCCGUCUGACCAACUACAUGGUGUUCUCUAAAGGGCUUGGGGACGUGUUUGGUCCUUACACCCAGCCCACAGACGCUGAGUUCUUGGACAUGUGGACAGGGGUCCGCUUCAAUGAUGGGAACCUGGUCAUGGACAGUAUCCUGCAGUUUAUUAACCAGAGGGACGAGCACCGAGACAGAUGGGUUGGUGCUCUCACCUCUACUUUCAUCCCUGUUCAUAUGAUCUAUGGACCCCUGGAUCCAGUCAACCCUCACCCCCAAUUCAUCUUCCUUUACCAGAAACUGGUGCAGAGGUCUACUGUGUCGGUUCUAGAUGAACACAUCAGCCAUUAUCCCCAGCUGGAGGACCCAACUGGCUUCCUCAACGCCUACUUCAGCUUCAUCAACGCCUUCUGAGCCAACUCACCAGCAUUAGACAAUCUCAACUUGACAUCUGCGAGCAUAACCUGGGUCAUGUUCAUUCGGGCUCACAACGGGAAGGUUAAAACAUUUUUUGCAAUAGGAAAACAGAAACACGCAUUUCUUAUUGGAGUUCAGCCCUGUUUGUGUUUUCUUCCAUUUGGUGCCUAAUGAACACACAUUUUCACAUCUCCCAUUGUGGAAAAAGUUGUGAAGAUUCAGCUCUGACUGGGUCGGUCGUGAACAAACACCCAUAAUUGAAAAACCUCCAACCUGGAUGAGAACUGUGCACAUUGAAUCAUAGCUGAUAUGACACACAGUCAUCAAAGAGCCAAGCCAAGUUGGACAGAUACUGUCUCCUGCUACUCGGUAUAAAUAAAAUGACAGUAUUGAAUGGAUCAUCUACUGCUGUAGGGACAUGGCUGAUCUUUCAUGCUUCCAGUAACAUUUCCUAAGGUCAUCUCAUUUAUGGGGUCCAAUCUAUUUGUUGUUUGACAAAUUGAUGGGUUACAACCAAAUUACAAAGAAAAUCAUUUUGAUAUUUCUAGAAAUAAAAGGAGUUUUCCAUAAAGCUUAUAACAAUAAUUCAGUAUUUCCAUGGUCAACAUUUAAUAGAUUUGAUAAAACGUGGGCCAUUAAUGACACUAGCCUGGUCCCAGAUCUGUUUGUGUUGCCUUGCAAACACCUACGAAUGAUCAUUGGAGUUGGUUAUACAGCACAAACAGAUCUGGGGCCAGUCUACAGAGAUGAGUUGUGUUGAAGGGUGCCAGUAGUACACACACACGCCUCACCAUAAUGUAUCCAUCUCAGACUACCCAAAAACACAAGACACAUUCCAACGACAUAAAGCAGUGGAGGACAUUGCAAAGAGAAUAUUGUGAAAGGGGGAAAAGUGGACAAAACGAUCAGAAUAUGCCAUUGUAUUAACACAGCCUGUUGGUGAACAGGCCCCGCUGGCGCCCUCUAGCCCACGGAGGCUAGGAUGAUGUCAACAACAGUAUCAUCCGAGCUGCGGACCGUCACCUGCAUAGUGACACCGUCAGCCAGGGCCAGGCGCGAGCGAACCAGCACGUCGUGACCCCCCCGGAACACACCUGGAGGAAGGGGAGGGACACAAACUGUCAUUCAUACCAUGGGGGGGCUUGCUUCCAUCACACUAGUGACAGGAAGUUGAACAAGCUGCCGUGUCAAGGUUAGAAACUGAACUUAACAUAUUUCCGGUGAUAAAGCGUAUAGAAUGAGCCUACAAUUCACUAAGAAAAACAAUCAUUCAAAUCAAGAUAGAAUAAAUAAAUUAAACACCCACCGGCAAGGAAGAGGAUGUGUGAGUUCUUGUUUUCUGGGACCUUGUCUGAACGCUCGCAGGGCUGCAUGCCCAGGAAACUGAUGAUGUUACCAACAGCCUCUACAGAAACAAAGGGGAACAGCUCACAGAAUGUACACUGUUUCAAUGUUGGGGUGAUAAAUCCAAAGAUCCCCAUUGAAAUAAUUACCGUCUAACGUUCUGACAGAGGCCAGGGCGAACGUCUCCUCCUUCUCAAAGUCGUCUCCCACCUCGUCCCAGGCUGCGGCAAAGUUAGGCUUCAACACCUUCUGGAUGUGGUCUGCUACAGUCACCUCCAAGUCUUCCAGCUGACAUACACACGGGGGGAGUAGAGGAGAGCAGAGAAGGUAGAAAAGGGGGAGAAGAGAGAAUUUAGGCAAAUGAUGGUAAACAAGAUAAUUAUUUUGGGGAUAAAUGAGUUAAGAUUGUAAAAAUAGGUUUUAUAUUGAGCUCAUACCACAUAUUCGUCAUCGUAACCGUCGUCAUCAGGCUCUCCUGUGUUGGGGUCGCAGUCUUUCACCAGGUACUUCAGAGUACAGCUGAACGUACAGGACACUGGAGAGCAGAGAACACAUUUAAUAUGACAGACAGUGCAGAUAUUACAUGACUACGCUAAGUGAUGUAAAUACGUGUCCUUAGUGUUUGAAGAAGGCCAGCAGAUAAGUGUUUUUCUCUCUCAAUGGAAAACCACGUUGUUAGGUGCUACAUGAUCCCCAUUCAGAUUCUUUAGUUCUGAGAAGGGUUUUAACAGAGUUACAACACUGAUGUCACACUAAGCACUUCAGAGAGUUGCCCUCGUGAAAAUGGCUCAUUUCUCUCUCUCCCACACAGUCACACAGAGGUUGAAUAAAAGUAACCUGCGGUGGGGUCAUCUUCAGGCAGUCUGACCAGGCUGUAGCAGGAGCCAGGCUGGCUGUAGGGCAGGUUAGCAGCAGGGACGUAGUGGAGAACCUCGUAGGCCUCCGACGGCUCCAUCUGAACCAUAACCUGAAGGACAACAACCCAGUGAACUUCCAUUUAAUACAUUUCUAUACAUUUAGUCCUGUGUCUUAAUGUCAGUGUUGUAGAUUUUAAAUGUGAGGCACCAAAGACACUUUUCUGUUUAAUGUCAAUUGAAUGGACAAUAAAGCUUUAGAAAAAUAA